AUGUUAUCGUCAAUUACUUAUCGUCCUGUUAUCAAAAGUGAGCAAUCAAAAGCAAUUGAACUUUGGCAAACAGUAUUUGAACCAAAAGAGGAUGGUUAUUUUGAACGUUAUUUUCUAUCUACAGCUUCACCAUCUUAUCAAGAAGGAGAUACUUUAGGAGCUUGGUCAGAUAAUAAUCUAUUAGUAAGUGUUGUACAUAUUCGACGAAUGAUAUUAAAAUCCGCAACGAAUGAAACAUUUCUUUGUGGUGUUAUUUCUAAUGUAGUUACUCAUGUAGAAUUUCGAAAUCAAGGUUUAUCACGACAAUUACUUAUGCAAGCAAUUGAGAAAAUGAAACAAGAGAAUUUUGAUUUAUCUAUGUUAGGAACUGGACGUUCUCAGCAUUAUUUACCAUUAGGAUGGAAACCUAUUAAACAUCGAAUUGAAUAUGUUAUUAAUACACCCAAUGAUAAUUCGUCUAUCAAUUAUGAAGGAUCAUGGAUAUCAGCUUCUUCUUUCUCUUCUUAUGAUCAAUUAUUUGAAAUCUAUUCUAUUAAUCCUCGUUCUUAUCAAUUUGAUCGAUGUUCUCCUUUAACAUUCGAACAUUGGAUUGGUUGGCAUUGGCAACAAGAUUUCGCCUAUAUUUAUAUAUUACCAAAUCGAACAGGUUAUGUAGUUAUCAAUCAAAAAGAUGGAAAAGGAUGUGAUCCAUGUAUAGCAGAAUGGAGAGCUAUUGAUAUUGAUAGUGAAACAAUAUUACUUAAAAUAGCUGCUACAGAAAUUCGCCGACGAUAUCGUCGUAAUACGUUUCUCCUACACACAUUUCCUCAAUAUACAACUCUGAAAUUGUUAGAAUGGGAUAAUAAGAAUUUACUUUUCGAACAAAAUGAAGAUAUUAUGAUUCAAAAUAUACGGUUGCCAGAUGAUACAUUCCGAACGAUUACAGCAGCUUUUGAAGCAGAAGAUGGAAAAGCUACUAUUUGGCCAGGAGAAUAUUUCUAA